AAAUUCCAAUUAUAUAAUAUCCCCUUUCUCAUCUCUUCUCUGUCACUCCCACUUCCUCUUCUACCCUCUCUCUCUCCGUCUCUCCCAGAGAGAGAAAGAACAACAACGCGCAUAAUCAAACCGCGUUUGGUAAAGUUAAUAACCCUUCUUCUUCCUUCACUCUUUACAUUCCCAGUCCCAAAUUUUAAUCCGAAAAUGGAAUCUCUGAUUCUUCAUUUCCCCUUCCGAUUACCCAUCUUCGCCUUUUCUCUCCUCCUCCUCUUCCCUUUCUGCUUCGCUAUUCGUACUUUCCGAUACCCACCGGCCGGAUUCGCCGAUUUCUCCCGCUUCUCCGAGGCCCCCGAGUACCGGAAUGGCGCCGAUUGCCCUUCUUCCUCCGCCGGCGAUACGACGUCGUCCUCGUCCUGUGACCCAUCUCUAGUCCACAUCGCAAUGACCUUGGAUUCUGAGUACGUUCGAGGCUCCAUUGCUGCGAUUCACUCUGUCCUCAAACACGCUUCCUGCCCAGAAAACGUGUUCUUCCAUUUCAUCGCCGCCGAGUUCGACCAGGCUACUCCACGAGAACUCAGUAAACUCGUCCGAUCCACUUUCCCCUCUCUUAAUUUCAAGGUCUACAUCUUCAGAGAAGACACUGUAAUCAAUUUGAUUUCCUCUUCCAUUCGCUUAGCGCUAGAAAACCCUUUGAACUACGCUAGAAAUUACUUGGGCGACAUUCUUGAUUCCUGCGUUGACCGAGUCAUUUACCUUGACUCCGACGUGGUCGUCGUCGACGACAUUCACAAGCUCUGGAACAUCAAAUUGACUGGUUUUCGAGUCAUCGGAGCACCCGAAUAUUGCCAUGCCAAUUUCACCAAUUACUUCACCGAGAAAUUCUGGUCCGACCCGGUCCUUUCCCGGGUAUUCGCUUCCAGAACCCCCUGCUACUUCAACACCGGAGUUAUGGUGAUGGAUUUAUCCAAAUGGAGGCUCGGGAAUUACAAGAAGAAGAUCGAGAGCUGGAUGGAGUUGCAGAAACGCACACGGAUUUACGAUCUGGGCUCCCUUCCACCGUUCCUCCUUGUCUUCGCCGGAAAUGUUGAGCCGAUUGACCACCGGUGGAACCAGCACGGCCUCGGCGGCGACAAUGUUAAAGAUAGCUGUAGAACGCUGCAUCCGGGUCCGGUGAGUUUACUCCAUUGGAGUGGAAAGGGGAAGCCAUGGGUCAGAUUAGAUGAUAACAAACCUUGCCUUCUUGAUCAUCUAUGGAAGCCGUAUGAUCUGUACAGAGCAACAGAUUUGGGGUCGCCGGCACCGUCGUCGUAUUCGUCGACAUUGAUUAGUUAUUUAAGCUAUUAGAUAACGAAAAUUAAUUCUUUGGUACAGAGUCACCGAUUCUUUCAUUGAUUAGCGGCGUGUACAGAUAUGGAAGAUGGGGAGGAGAUUGAUCGAUCUUGUUUGAUUGAUCUUAAAAAUUUAUUUGUUUUACAGAAGAUUUGAUUAAUUGAUAUAUUUGAUAAUUUUUGGAUUAUUAGGGAACAAAUUUUUGGUGUUUGUGGGGUUGGAUUCUUUUUGUAAGUAGGGAGACAGGAAUUUGAUUAUUGAGAGUUUUGUUUAUGAAUGUGAAAGGGAAAUGAAUAACAGGCUGGUUAUUCCCCCUCCAAGCAUCU